AUGCAGUUCCAGCAGCAGUACGCGGCUCACCAGGCCGAGUACCACCAGAGGAUGGCUGCUUACGAUGAGAGAUUGGACCAGCUCCAGACCCAGCAGGGAGUGACUCUCGCACACAUCGAGCGGGAGAGGCGCCGCUCUCAACGCAUGCAGGAGCCGGCGAAGUCUCCAGGGGACAUUAGAAUAUACAAUUACUGUACUCUUUGGGUCGACGAAACGGGUAUGCUGAUACAGGGCGUCUCGCCAACUUCAAUGGCUGCUGGGAUUCGUCGUAAUCUCUCGGUUGGCAAGAUAUACGUCAUAAAGUCUUUUGCCUUGAGCAACCCGCCGAAUCAGUAUCGGUCGUGUUCCUUUGAUUUGGCUUUGGGUCUUUCGCCUUCGACUUCUUUCCAGCCCUGUGUUCUUCCUGCUGAAAGUUUCCCGAAUCGCGCUUUUGACUGCAUUGCUUACGAGUUUGUGGCUUUCUCUCAGUUGAAUAUGCGUGCCGGUAACCAUCGUUAUUUGACAGAUGUCGUUGGCCGACUCAGUUCGAUCAGUGGGAUAUCGCACAAAAUCACAAAUAACGGCCCUGCAGUCAAGCAGACGGUUAUAGUUGAGGAUGAAAGUGGAGCGAAGGUCUCGAUUACACUCUGGGAUGAGUUUUCCGCGAUGUUGGAUCAUGUUGCUCUCACUCAGAUUGACUCGAUUGAAGCUGUGAUUUUGGCAUUUGGCGGCUUUCUGGUUAAUAAACUGGGGGAUGAUUAUGUUCUGUCGAGUUCAGCCGCAACUCGCAUAUCAGUCAAUCCUCCUGUACCAAAGGCUUAUUAUCUUGCAUCUAGGUUUGCUGAGAAACAUGAGGUUGUUGAAUCCUUGCCGGUUGAGUUUGCUACUGUUGCUGAUGCUACAGUUGAUGCAGAUCAUCGAACCAGGACUUUGAGCCAGCUGCUGGCGUUAUCCAGAACAAAUUCCUCACUGGAAGAGAAGUACCGUUGUGGUGGAGUGAUUGUCGAUGUCGAGUCAAGCACACCUUGCUACAAGCUCCAGCUUACACUGAGGGAUGACUCCUUGGUUCCUCUUGAUGAUCCUACUGUGGUGGGUGAUUUGCUUAAGUUUUCUUCGCCCCCUCCGUUGGCUGCUCUUGUGGUGCGCGCAUCGAGUAUUGUGGGAGGGCCCUCAGGUUCAUCGAGGGCCUCGAAGGGAAAGGAAAAGGUUUCAGACUCUCUUCUCAUUGAAGCUCCAGCUAUGCCGUUUAACAUCACUGAUGAACCAGAUCUAAUUGACAAAUUUCCCAGCUAUGAAGCCAAGGAUUUCCGGAACCCUAUUUCUGCAAAUGUCAGGAAUGAAGAGAUUGAUACUGGAUCGCAGAUUCUUGGAGGUUCUCAGCUUUCAAUGAUGGGUGUACAGGUGGGCUCUACCCGAACUGCAGCAUCUGUGUCCAUGUCUUCUGCAGUUCAUUCUACUGUACCAUCUUUCCAAUCUACUGCUUCAAUGAUCCCCAGACGAUCAUCUAGAAUUGAUGAGUCUAUGAGCCCUGAGGAUGUUGGUCGUGGCUCAUCUAUGCCCGCUGCAAAAAUUUUAAAGCCAUCCCCCGAGUCAUCUCCUGGAAAGACCUUAGGUUCAACCGUCGUGUCGCCCUCGACAUCGCCGUUGGUUUCUCCACUGGCCAAGACCAAGGUGGAGAAAUUGGAUGUUGCCGAAAUUGCUCAGGUGCCACAUGGUGGUUCCUCGCAGGUGUUGAUAUAG